AAAAUCGGAACAGCUUAAUGAGUUAUGCUAUUGCCCAUCUUUUACAAGUCAGUUCGAGCUUAAAGAAAAUAACAAUGAAAUUUUCCGUACCAGGGCACUCAUGCAUCCAGGAAGUCGAUUCCGUGCAUAGCGCAAUUGAGCGCACUCUGCGUAAAUCUGAAUACUCAUCUCCCAUUUCUUUGAUUCGGAUCCUUUUAAGUGUGAAUUCUAAAAAACCCUAUAACAUUCUUCAAAUGAGAGAACAGGAUUUUUUUGAUUUUAAUUACUAUUCGGUUAAAAUGAAUUAUAAGUCUGUCCCAUUUUCAAAGGUGGUAGCCUUAGAAUUUAACAAAUCGUUCUACGAGAUAAGGUAUCGGCUCUCUUUUUCUGAGGCUGAAUAUAGAUCUUUGAAUUUAAGACAAAGAAUUGGCCGACGUCAAUCCCACGUCACUGCAGAAAGAGGCGAUAUAUUAUUUCCCGAAAUACUGAGGAAAAAUGAUUAUGCAGUGGUACUUGCACAACACAAAGUAGAUGCAAUAAAAUCAAUGUUCAAGUGGAUGCCAAAAAAUGAUGUGACUUUCUAUGAAACUGUUUUUAGUAGAUUAGAUAAAAAUAAAAAAUAAGAUUUCGAGUAUAAGUAUUUGAUGGAUUUGAUACUCCCUUGUAUUAACUAAGUUUUAGUUUGUUUUGUCUUAACUUUAAGAAUUUGGGUUAUUUUUAUUUAAUUUCAAGUUUUGAAGUCCUAUGUUUGCCAAUAUCCUUAAUUUUUAAACUUAUUUGACAAUAACGGAGUCCUAUGUAUUUUUGUUUAUCUAAAAUAAAGACCAAUAAAAAAAAGUGUGACAACUUCCUUUAUAUACCAUGUACCUUUUACUUACAAAGAUGUAAAAAUCACAGUAAGAACCAAAAGAUGUUCAAAUUUAAGUAGAUAUAAACCUCAAUUUCUUUAAUAUUGAUUUUCUCGAGUUCGAAUAAUUGUAACAUAAGACUAUGUAAUUCUAGGGCAGCGAUAUGACAAACUUUAUAAAAUUACAAGAGACAUUUCUUUCUUCACUAAAGCCAAAUGAGUUUCAGUCAGUAGAUGAAUC